UCAAGCAUUUUUCUAUACAAAAAUGUAAGUAAUAAAACAAUAAAAUUCUAGAAGCCUAUCAUAAAAAUAUCUCAUCUCUCAAUCUCGUAUUGUUAUCCAUCCCGCUGUGUCGCGGUCUUGCUGCGCGCUUUUUUACUGUUCCAUACAAGUAUAUAUUUUUGUUCUUUUGUUAACCAGUUCGUUGAUUUGUACGCACUCGUUGCACUCGUACGAGUGAAUACCGCUAUUGUUGUUGAUACACCAAAUGUACGAAUGAAUGUUGCUUAGCAUGUGCCAACCAGGUUUGGUGGCUAGAUCUAACCAAGCAAACUGCCGCAAAUCGAGUCAUCGAGAUCGUUGCGAAGUUUUAAAUCUCGUGGCGUCUACAAGCCAACCAUCAGAUGAAAUUCUCAUCUCGUCGUGCGUUGACGCAGUAGUUUCCUUGCGUGAAAUAAUUAGUGAUAGAUUUAUUAAAAAAAAAAACAGAAAUCCUACGAAUCUUCGUCCAUAACCAUUCACUGAAGCAGUAAAAAUUUUCAUUGUUGUGUAAUUUGUACGGUGGCCUCGUAAAUAGCAAGUAAACAAAAAACAAAAAAAAAAAACACCAAAAGGAAAGAAACUCCAACUGAAGCUAAAAGAAAUAAUAAAUAUUUUCUGCUGUGAUAUUUCGUUUACUAAGCAAGUGAAGAUGUGGAAAUUAGUAAUUUACUUUGCUGCAUUUCAAUUAAUUUUCGCACAAAAAAGUGAUAUACCCGAGUAUAUCAAACAAUGCCGUCGAGGUGACCCGCAAUUAGUGGAGUGCUUUAAAGGUUCAUUGGAACAUUUGAGGCCGUAUUUGUCGCGAGGCAUACCUGAAAUCGAGCUGCCUUCCGUGGAACCCUUCAAAAUGGAUGCGCUUGCACUACAACUCACCGAUGGACCACAAGGCUAUAAAAUUACUUUGAAGAAUCUGGAAGUAUUGGGCGCCAGUAACUUUCAGGUGAAAUCGAUGAAAUUAAGUGAAGGCGAUGAACCGUUCAAAGCGCGCAUUGCCAUGCCCAAGUUGAAUAUUGAAGCGAAAUACACCAGCUCGGGUGUGCUGCUUAUCAUACCAGCGUCAGGUGGUGGCGAUUUCCAUGCCACUUUUGAGGGUGUUGUUGCUGAUAUCACUGGCAAAGUGUCGUCAAAUGAAAAAGCAGGACGCUCAUAUCUGCAUGUGGACUCACUCAGUCUGGUAUUAAAUGUCAAGGAUGUGAACAUGAAUAUUUCGGGCGCCUUCAAUAACAAUCGAAUUUUGCUUCAGGCCACAAAUCUGUUCCUGCGCGAAAACUCCCGUGUCGUUUUGGAGGCCAUGCAAAUACAGCUGCAAAAGAAAUUGGCGCAAGAGUUUGGUAAACUCGCUAAUCAACUGUUGAAGAAUGUGCCCAAGGAUUUAUUCUAUGUGGAUUAAAGUUGUGUUGAUUUCGUACUAUCUUUGCAGUCAAAUUGGAAAAUCAAACCAUAACUUACACCAGCUCAACAGAUGUCUUAUAUAAAGCGUUUAGUAUUAGCCUAUAUUCGGCCUCUAUAUAGCAUUAGCAUUAAGGCGUUGCUAAUGAAAAUCAUCAUUUAGUGAAAAGCUUACAAAUUACUAAAAAUACCCGUUCAACUCACCAAUACGCAUUAUGUAUCCAUUUUAUAAUUCCAUAUUUGCACAUAAUUAUGGUACCGGUAACUACUAAGUUUUUACUGCAAACUUAUCGCCUAUUAAUCCUUGAAAAUGUUUUUGUGUAAAUAGUUUUUUAGAUUUUAAGUUUAAAUAUUUAUAAGUUUGAUGCAUAAAUUUGGACUUUUUGUACAAAAUUAAAAUUUACCAAGAUGAGUUUAAAAUAAACUUUAUA